AUGGGUGACGCAGAGGUCAAGGCAUCGCAGUGGAGGCUCGUUGAGGUCGGCCGUGUCGUCCUCUUCGCCCAGGGCCCCUUCGAGGGCAAGCUUGCCACCAUCGUCGAGAUCAUCGACCACAAGCGCGUCCUCGUCGAUGGCCCCGCUUCCACCGCCGACAAGGUCGUGCCCCGCCACGCCUCUCCUCUCUCCCACCUGUCCCUGACUCCCAUCGUCAUCGCCAAGCUCCCCCGCGGUGCUGGCAACGGUGCCGUUAAGAAGAUCUGGGAGGCCGCCGAGGUCGAGAAGAAGUUCGGCGAGAGCGCAUGGGCGAAGAACAAGGACAGGAUCGCCAAGCGCCGGGCGUUGAACGACUUCGAGCGCUUCAAGGUCAUGAGGUUGAGGAAGCAGGCCAACUACGAGGUCAAGAAGACCUUCGCCAAGCUCCGUGCCUCCGCCAAGGCGUAA